AUGAUGAACGCUGCAGACGUCGAUUUGGACGACUUCACCUUUUUCGAAGGAGGUGCCUCUACGGCCUUCUCUUCUCCGGCAGUCGCUUCCAACUUUGACUUCAGCAGUGGCGCUUCCAGCGCUGCUUCUAAUCUUGGCACUGUGUCUCCCCAAGACCUCCUGAUUCAGGAGCCCUUCAUGUCAGCGCCGAACUCAGCGGCGCUGACUGCCUUGACCUCUCCUUCGCUGUACAAUGGCAGCCCUGAGUUUGAUUCAUAUGAUGUUUCUCCCAACUUUGGCAAUGCCGAAUUUGAGAACGGUCCUAGCGACGCCUGGUACUCACUGUUUCCUUCUGAUGCAGGCAGCCAAGAGCUUGCCAACGCAAGCGAGUCGCCUGCUCAGAAGCCUUUGGAAUCAGAGCCCAUGUACCGAUCAUCAUCUUCUGGCAGUGGCAGUGGUAGCGGUAGCGGCAGGAAGAAGUCGUCUGGAUCCCCCACGGGUUCUACGCGACACUCUUCCGUCUCCGGUGUUAACUCUCGCCGACGAGACAAGCCCCUGCCCCCUAUCAUUGUGGAGGACGCCAAUGACACCGUUGCCAUGAAGCGAGCUCGUAAUACUUUGGCUGCUCGAAAGUCGCGUGAGCGAAAGGCUCAGCGAUUCGAAGAGCUAGAAGAGCGUAUUGCGAAGCUGGAGGCAGAGCGUGAUCACUGGAAGAGGAUUGCACUGUCGCAAUCUGGAGCAUUGUCGGAGUGA